AGAAUUAGAUGGCGGAAAUUUUAAAAAUAGAAAAUUAAAUCUUUAUUUGUUCAAUUGUUUCAAUCGUAAUGGCCCAACAAACAAAUCAUGAUUUGUUACAAAUGUAUGAAGAUGCAGCAGAAUGUCUCAAAGGGGCUGCUACUGAGAGCCAAAAGAGCAAUAAUGUUCACAUCACCAAGAUGUUGAUCAACUGUCAGAACUGUGCACGUCUUAUUGCAAAUAUUAUCAAGGAAGAAACCAACAGAAAAAGGCUGGAGGCUUUACGUGAGCUGCAUCUGAUGGUAGCCCAUCACCAAGAGAUCCUAUCUGCUAAGAUCAUGCAACUUGACAGUGGUCAACCACUCAGUAUAGGGCCUCCAACAGGAAGUCAGAAUGAUACAGGAAAAGAUGGAGGAGACAAACAAACUGUUGCCAGAAAAUCUGCUAUCGAAGAUACCAUAGUUACAAAGGGCAAAAUAACAUUUAGUGACGUAGCAGGAUUAAAUGAUGCCAAACAAGCAUUGAAGGAAGCUAUUAUAAUGCCAUUGGAGUUUCCCCAGCUCUUCACUGGUGGCAGGAAGCCCUGGAAGCGUAUCCUCCUGUAUGGUCCUCCAGGAACAGGCAAGUCUAGACUUGCACAAGCAGUGUCAUCGGAAAUUAACUCAACCUUCUACUGUGUCUCUAGCUCCGAUCUUGUAUCCAGUUGGGUUGGAGAAAGUGAAAAGUUAAUCAAGGAGUUAUUCAGCCAUGCUAAAUCUCAGGCUGGAAGAUCAGUGAUCUUCAUUGAUGAGAUUGACAGUGUGUGUAGGAAGAGAUCAAGCAGUGAAGAGGAAUACACACGCAGAAUCAAGACAGAGUUACUGAAACAAAUGGAAGGAGUCGAUAACCAGAAUGCAGAUGAUCACAUAUUUCUUCUCUGUGCUACUAACUGUCCAUGGGAACUGGAUUCUGCAUUCCUGAGAAGAUUUCAGAAGAGAAUUUACAUUCCUCUCCCUGACAGAGCAGCCAGGAUUUCUCUGAUGAAGAUCCACACUAAGGAUAAUGAUGUACCCCUGAGCCCAGAUGAGUGGUUAACCCUAGGUGACGCCACUGAGGGCUACUCAGGCAGUGAUCUGGCAACCUUGACUCUGGAUGCAAUGUUUCAGCCAAUCAGGGACCUGAAUAAUGCUGAAUAUUGGCAUAAACUUCAAGGUGGGAACUAUGUGCCUUGCAGUGAACAUAUUCCUGGAGGUGUGAAGGCCAGGAUGCAAGACCUUCCCCAUGAUAAGGUGGAGCCAAGAGAUAUUGAUGUUGCAGAUUUCCUGCAGUCAUUGAAGCAGCAUAGACACACAGUAACUACUGAAGAACUGAAACAGUUUGAAUCAUUUACAAACAACUUUGGACAGCAUGGAAAAUAAACAUCACUACAGUAAAACCUGCAAAGUCAAACACCUGUAAGUUCAAUUUUUAUGUCACCACCAUGGGUGGUCUUCAACUUUUUGUGGAUUGUGUUCGGCAGUUGGUGUACAGCAUUGCAUGCUAAUGCCUUGUUUAAAUUGUUAUCAUUAGUUAA